CGCAAUAAAGCGGUGCAGCAAAUCUCAUUCAAACUGUGCGGUUGUUUUCUUUUCGCUUCGCUGGUGGCACUAACAGCCGGCCAAGAUGGCCGAUCUUUAUUGUAUCCUUUUCCUCCAGAUGUAGAAUGUCAAGAAAUGGGACCCUAUUUGCCGUCGCACUGCUACAAUCACGGCCAACCAUUCGAAGUGCAAUCACGCCUAGCUGGACCACAAGAUCUUGGUGAUGUUAAUCCCGAACACAUUUAUUUGAGGACACCACCGCCUAGCGGUUUGGACCUUCUUUCAAACACACCGAGAACGUUUUUCAAACCAGGUCAUUGGGGCGGUUGGGGCAAUGAUUUUAAAGGAGAUCAUAAUAAACCAAGUCAUAAGGGAGAACCAGGACAUCCAGGUAAACCAGGACCACCGGGUUUUCCUGGCCGUCAAGGUCCUUAUGGACAUCCGGGAAUACAUGGACCUCCAGGACCUACUGGGCCUCCAGGACCUAAAGGACCACCAGGAUACAAGGGCCCUCCGGGUCCAGAAGGUCCAAAAGGGCCCCCAGGUGUUCCAGGCACUAAAGGCGAUAAGGGAGACAAGGGGAAUCCAGGAACUCCUGGAACAAAAGGAGAACCAGGUGUGCCAGGGACUAAAGGAUACCCUGGCCCUCCAGGUCCAAAAGGAGAGCCUUGUGAAUGUAACAGUUAUCCAACAACGAAUCCCUAAGCCACAAUCUUAUUAUUAAACAAUACUUUUUUUAAUCACUUAAAUAAUUUUAUGCUUAUUUAUUGAAUGGGAAAUGUUUUCCUAAUGUUAAAAAUAAUAGUAUUCACUGUGGUGUAGGGUCUUGGUACUUAUCCUGUUAACUUAAUCUAAAUGUAGAUAAUGUGUUGAAUAACGAGUCCAGUAUCUUGUUGUUCCAACAAUGCAUGAACAUUGCAAGUUCAGUUUAAUUAGGAAAAUAAACGUUUCCCAUUCGUA